AUGGGGAGGGGGCAUGGGGUGUUUUUUGUGGGGAGCUUUGUGGGCCGCCAUUUAAAAGCCCCCUCUCCUCUGUCCCCUCAGCCCCUCUCCUCUGUCCCCUCAGCCCCCUCUCCUCUGUCCCCUCAGCCCCUCUCCUCUGUCCCCUCAGCCCCCUCUCCUCUGUCCCCUCAGCCCCUCUCCUCUGUCCCCUCAGCCCCUCUCCUCUGUCCCUCUCUGUCCCCUCAGCCCCUCUCCUCUGUCCCCUCAGCCCCUCUCCUCUGUCCCUCUCUGUCCCCUCAGCCCCUCUACUCUGUCACCUCAGCCCCUCUCCUCUGUCCCCUCAGCCCCUCUCCUCUGUCCCUCUCUGCCCCCUCAGCCCCCUCUCCUCUGUCCCCUCAGCCCCUCUCCUCUGUCCCCUCAACCCCUCUCCUCUGUCCCCUCAGCCCCUCUCCUCUGUCCCUCUCUGUCCCCUCAGCCCCUCUCCUCUGUCCCCUCAGCCCCUCUCCUCUGUCCCUCUCUGCCCCCUCAGCCCCCUCUCCUCUGUCCCCUCAGCCCCUCUCCUCUGUCCCCUCAGCUCCUCUCCUCUGUCCCCUCAGCCCCCUCUCCUCUGUCCCCUCAGCCCCUCUCCUCUGUCCCCUCAACCCCUCUCCUCUGUCCCCUCAGUCCCUCUCCUCUGUCCCCUCAGCCCCCCUCCUCUGUCCCUCUCUGUCCCCUCAGCCCCUCUCCUCUGUCCCCUCAGUCCCUCUCCUCUGUCACCUCAGCCCCUCUCCUCUGUCCCCUCAGCUCCUCUCCUCUAUUCCCUCAGCCCCUCUCCUCAGUCCCCUCAGCCCCUCUCCUCUGUCCCCUCAGUUCCUCUCCUCUGUCCCCUCAGCCCCUCUCCUCUGUCCCCUCAGCCCCUCUCCUCUGUCCCCUCAGCCCCUCUCCUCUGUCCCCUCAGUUCCUCUCCUCUGUCCCCUCAGCCCCUCUCCUCUGUCCCCUCAGCCCCUCUCCUCUGUCCCCUCAGUUCCUCUCCUCUGUUCCCUCAGCCCCUCUCCUCUGUCCCCUCAGCCCCCUCUCCUCAGUCCCCUCAGCCCCUCUCCUCUGUCCCCUCAGUUCCUCUCCUCUGUCCCCACAGCCCCUCUCCUCUGCCCCCUCAGCCCCUCUCCUCUGUCCCCUCAGCCCCUCUCCUCUGUCCCCUCAGUUCCUCUCCUCUGUCCCCACAGCCCCUCUCCUCUGCCCCCUCAGCCCCUCUCCUCUGCCCCCUCAGCCCCUCUCCUCUGCCCCCUCAGCCCCUCUUCUCUGUCCCCACAGCCCCUCUCCUCUGCCCCCUCAGCCCCUCUCCUCUGCCCCCUCAGCCCCUCUCCUCUGCCCCCUCAGCCCUUCUCCUCUGCCCCCUCAGCUCCUCUCCUCUGCCCCCUCAGCCCCUCUCCUCUGUCCCCUCAGCCCCCUCUCCUCUGUCCCCACAGCCCCCCUCCUCUGUCCCCUCAGCCCCCUCUCCUCUGUCCCCUCAGCCCCCUCUCCUCUGUCCCCACAGCCCCCCUCCUCUGUCCCCUCAGCCCCCUCUCCUCUGUCCCCUCAGCCCCCUCUCCUCUGUCCCCACAGCCCCCCUCCUCUGUCCCCUCAGCCCCCUCUCCUCUGUCCCCUCAGCCCCCUCUCCUCUGUCCCCCCAGCCCCUCUCCUCUGCCUCAGCCUGACAACGUGCAUAAUGAUGAGGUUGAGACGCCAUCUUGUGGACGCUGCCAGAACUGCUGCAACUUGUUUUGUUUGAUUGGCUGA